ACUCCAAAUAGGCAUUUUGUCUGAAGGGACACGGAUCCGAAUAGCCGCAUCCUUUACUAAAUGAAUAUUACCACGAGUCACGGAGAACUAUCGUUAAAAUGGAACAACAGAGUAAACAGACCGACAGCAAAGUACUAUUAUUUUUUUUAUGUAUAAAUAAAUAUAUAAUUUUUAUUUAAAUUUCUGAUCAAAUGCUUAACUAUGAGAUCAUUCGCUUGAUUUGCAACAAUUAGCGUAGCCGGUACACAAUCUAAAUCUAAGCCUUAACUAGGCUUAACUGUGCAGCUUCAGUGGACAGCGACAGCAACUAUUUCAGUAUGAUUUCAGUUGUCUCAGAACCGAAGGAAUAGACCAUUAGACAUUAGAUAAAAAUAAUGCUAUUUCGGUUUGAAGUGCUAUUUAAACUGUUGCGUUAUUCUUUUACUUUUAUUGAUAAGAUAAAACUCUUUUACUUAAUUGAUCCAAUUAAUAUAAUGGACAGAUGGAAAUGAUUUUUUAUGACAUUGUUAUGUAGAUAUUCAUUUCAAUUUCAGCACAUACACACACAUAGUAUAGCCUACAUAAAUUUUAAAAGCCACAAUUUUUUAAUUGGAAACAUUUAAACAGUUCCAUAAUGUAUGAAAAGAGAACAGAGUUUGAGUUAAUAUUUCCACAAAAACAAUUGCGGAACAUGAACUAGUGCAAAUAUGAAGGAAAAAGAUCGCAGCUGGUGCAAAUUGUCAUAAUUUUGUGCUUUGCGUGCAUCCACAUUUUCCACAUUCUAUUUGUGGACACUAGCGUCAUUUGGAUCAACAAAGUUUUUGUUGAUGGACCACAGUGGAGUGUCUGAUCUGGUUUAUGUUUGCACAAGCCACCCAUUCGUCUGAUACAACAUGUGUGUUUGGCAAGAUAUAUCUCUCUAUGCCAGUAUCAGUAUAUACACUCCUGUAUCUUGAUCAUAUGUCAGUUUGGCACUUGAAUGAGAAAACAGAAACAGCGCCCACUCUCUUUCUAUGCCACUGAAAACCCAGUCGCCCUCUCCCUCUCUCCGCUUUACUAAUAAACAGACAUGGUUAUUCUUUUAUUGAUUUACUUAACUUCAAACUGAAAAAACACAAUUCUUUUAAUAACCGAUGCUGAAGUGGUAAUUACCUAUUUUGUUAACAACAGAAAUAAAUUAUAAGUUAAAACAAUGGUAUCUACUUGAAAGGUUGCUGACCUCUAUCCAAAGGCAAGCCCUAGGCUUAUUGAAAAAAUAUGUUUGUUAUCCUACCGAGUGCCCUAUUUUAACCAGCAAAAAUAAGCAUAGGCUUCUAAAGGGCCAUUCAUAAAUAAUAACGCACAAAUUUUGAUGUUUUAGGAACCAACGUAACACAGACACACCCAUUAUAAAGUCACAAAUCUUGGCCCCCCUUGAAGAUAAUAUUUUAAAAAUAAUUUUUCGGUUCUGCUAGUCAGCCUAAUGCCUAAUAUUGAUUGCCAAAUGUUUUUUGAGGAACCAAUAUUUGGCACACUCAUCUUAAUCUAGUAGAUUGAUAUUAUUAACUCCCUUUAGACACAGGGCAGAUCUAUUUACUUAUGCCUUUUACCCCAUCUAGGGUAUAGGUCAUCUACAAGAAUUUUACAUUUAUCUCGGUCCUGUGCUUUCAUUUCCAUUUGCUUCUAUGUGUAUCCCAUACUUUUUGUGUCUGCCUCUAGCUCGUGUCUCCAUGUAUUUUUAGGCCUUCCUCUUUCUUUUUCUAUGUGGAUUCCAUGUUAGGGAUUGUCUGGUGAUGCUAUCUGGGGGUUUGCGAAGAGUGUGCCCUAUCCACCUGCAUCUUUUCCUUACAAUGUCUUCAGCUAUAGGCUCCUUUCCAGUAAGUCUUUGUUGCUGAUAGUGUUGGCCAUUUGAUAUUCAGGUUCUUUCUAAGCGAAGUGUUUAUGAAGGUCUGUAAUAAUUCUUGGACCAUAGGCUUCCCAUCCUAGCAAUGCUCCUUGUGCCAUCCAUGUCAUCAUGAAAGUGACUCAUUGUGUGUGUGUGGAGCAUUUUCAUCCUCAUGUCCUGAGUAUAUUAGUGUUUCCCCUGGGGCCAAAGUUAACUGUCCAUACUGUUUCAAAGAUUCUGCGCUGUGUAAGUUUGUAUGUUCUCAUUUCUUCCACCACUUGUGCUGAUUUUCCUGUUUCAUACAUCCUUUUAACAUUCCACGAGCCUAUGCUUAUUGCGUUUAAAAGGAGGGUCCCCCAGCUUUGAGGCUUCCAGUAUAACCUGGCUUUGGCCGCAAGGCUUCAUAAUGCUUUUUGGGGUAGAAGAACCCUCUCUUAUUGGGCUGAAAUUGUUUUUUUUCUUCUUGUUGACGUUUCUGUAGCGGUUUGAGGUAACUGGCCUUACACCAACCCUCCUGCUUUUGCACCUGGGCUCGAGACCGGCCAAGGGGGAGUUGGGCAGAUCUAAAAAUUGUCAAUAUUAUGUUCCGUUUUUUUUUUUUUUUUUUUUUUUUUUUUUGCUGCAGAUCUGACUUAUCAGUGUCUGUCAUUCUGUAAGAAAGUGGUUUAAAUUUUGAGUAUUGUUUGAAUAUAAUCAUUCCACUUUUCACAGAUGAAGAUUCGAUAUUUCAAACCCAAGGAACCAGAUUCAAAAGGCGGAGGAAAGUUCAGUUUUACUAGAAAUCCAGAGGUAAGUUGAAAAGGGCUUGUAAAAUGUUUCAGUUAUCAUAGUUAUAUACGUACAAUUCAAUUUUCUGCUACAGUCAUACCUUAAACAAUCAGUUUAAGCUUGUGUACUUGAAGUAAGUCAUCAAAUCUUGCAUGUCUAAUCAAUUUUUAUGUUUUUUCAGAAUGUUAUCAAGGAGAGACCAGUUCCAGAACAUAAAGUGGAGAAAUGGAGAAAGGGGGAAGCCUCAUGGGUAAGGAAUAACAAUAUUUGGUGAACUUUUUAAAUAUGGUGAUAAUUAAUUUUCAUCUUGUUUAUUUUGAUGACACACAUACAGCAUAUACAGAUGUUUUAAUGGAUAGAUGACUUUCUAUAAAAACUGUAGGGUAGAGCAAGAACUUCAUUCCAUACACGAAAGAUCGAAGCUAAAGAGGAAAUUUAUGAAAAAGUAGCUGAAAAGUCGGCACGAAGUGAACUUCUCCGAACAGAAGAGCCUGGGUGUGUAUUCUAUUUGGUUACUGUCAAGGGUAUGAGAAUCACUGUUGUUAUGUGUAGAUCAUUGUUUUCAUGUUUGAUAGGGAAAAGAUGUUUAGUUAGAGAUUUUAUGUGUAAGCUGUAUCGUUUGUGUGAGAGUGUUGUGACGUAAUUGUGUAAGGGGAUAUGACGCGUCAGUUGUUGUUGAUGGAAGGAAGAGAUGGCCAUUGUGUGCUGUUCAAGACAUAGCUUGUUGUGAGAUGUUCAAGGCUUAGCUUUCUAUGUGUGAGGAUUCAGCUAGAUAGAUAGUGAAGUUGAAUGUUGAUAAGUUUACAAGUUGUAUUGUGAAGUACCCUGAUUUUUCAGGCUUACGAGGCAUAUUAAAAUUAUACAUUGAACUUAUAUCGAUAUAUCCACUGUUUUUUAUCGGUUACACUGGUAUGUGUGGUACUAGGAUGGUUGAGCGUCUGGAUUAGAAGAGUGGAUGACCACAGGACAUCAAGAGUUACAUUUCGACAGUUACAUUACAAUUAUAAUUAAAGUUUUGCGGAUUUUUAAAAAUCCAUGUCAAAUUUUGUUUUUCUCUGGACAGUGAUUCAAUUAUCAGUAUAUGUUUCUUUGUAACAGUGUCCUGGAAGGAGACAAAACUUUCCAGAUUUCACAGAGUGACAUCAAAUCCCAAGCCGAUGAGUCAACUCAGCAGAAAAUAUUUGACUUAAGAUUGAAUCAGUUCGGACCUUACAGAAUAGAUUACACACGCAAUGGCAGGUAGGUGAACAAUAGUUUCAAUUAGUCAUUUGGAACUCCCCGUAAAUUACAAAACCGAGUGAUAAAUAUUAGUAGUUUUACUCAAAACUCUUUAAUAACAGAAUUUUUGUUGCCCACAACCUCAGAUUACAGAAAAAAAAAUUAACCUAUUUUUAAAAAUACUUCUGGGAGGGAAAAUACAAGGUGGUGUGAAAAAUGUCCUGUUUUAUCUAUUGAAGGGCAUGGCUGUCAUUGUUGAAAUCAUCAGCACAGUGUUUGGUUCUCAGUUUUUAAGAAAUAUUUUUACUAUGGUGUUUUUACAGGCACCUACUUAUUGGUGGGGCCAAAGGUCAUGUGGCAGCUUUUGAUUGGCAGACAAAGAAGCUUCAUUGUGAAAUCAAUGUCAUGGAGUCGGUAGCAGAUAUUAAGUGAGAUUUUUUUUCCUCUUACUUUUCAACUCUUCUGAUACCCGUGGAUUGGAGCAGUUUUAUUUAACUUAUUGUUUUAUUUGUUCCAGAAAUUAAAUCUUUCUUGAACUUUUGCACAUCAGCAACUUAGAUGAUAAAUUAUUGACAUUCUGUUUCUUUAAACAGGUGGCUCCACCAGGAGACUUUGUUUGCAGUGGCUCAGAAAAAAUGGGUUUACGUCUAUGAUAAUCAAGGGAUUGAAUUACAUUGCUUGAAACAUCUGGAUUCGGUUUUGCGUCUGGAGUUUUUGCCCUACCACUUUUUAUUAUGUUCCUCUGUGAGAAGAUAGUUCUUGUAUGUCUGUAUAUGAAUAUUUUUAGAAGCUGCUGCUUGUCUAUCUGUAAAUAAAUAAUGAGUUGUAAAAGUUCUUAAGAAAAUUGAGAGCUAUGUUUAAGUUUGACAGAUAUUAAAGCUUGCUUUUCAUAUGUUAACUAUAUUUUUCAUGAAGAAACAAUGCCAAUUAGUUUGGUACAUAUCAUAUUUGAUUUUUUAAAAAUCUCUAUAUAUAACCUUGUGCAAUUUCAGUAAGUUUAACACAAACAAAUAAUAGAUCAAUUAACAACAACAAAGCCUUCUCACAGCUUUGUCAUGAUGUAUGCAAUUUGUUUUUAAGAAAUUGUCUCAAUCGUUUCAGAGUAACAAAGGCUACCUAUCUUACCUAGAUGUAUCCAUAGGUAAAGAGGUGUCUGGUAUUUCUACCAAGCAAGGCAGACUAGAUGUAAUGGCUCUCAAUUCCCAAUCGGCUGUCAUUCACUUGGGCCACCCAAAUGGUAAUGUUUUUUCCUGCAUCAAAACACUCCCAAAAUUAAGCAUAAAUUACAAUAAAGAACCGUACUGUUUAAAAAUAAACUAGAAAGUACUUUAUCAAUACAACAGUUUCUGUUUUUGAUGAAUAAUCCUCCAGUCUAUAAUCUGAUAGUUUUUGUUGAGUAAUUUGACUAGUCCUCAGUCUAACUUUGUUCUAUCACAGUCUUCAUAUUAUUUGCUACAUCUUACUGUAUGCUAAAGCAGAUAAUUCAUUGGUACAAUUUGUAUACUAUUUAAUUUACUUAAGUGAAAACCACUGAUUUUCCAGGGACAGUAUCACUGUGGACUCCAAGCUUGAAAGAGCCAGCAGCUAAGAUCCUAUGUCAUACAAGUGGAAUCAGGGACAUAGCCAUAGAUCCCACUGGAUUGUAAGUGUAGUUAUUAAGAUCUGUAUGGAUUUUAAGUUUAGCAUUGCCAUAGAUCCCACUAGAAGUAGAAGCUAUCUUCCAGUUGUUGUUUUUUUUUACAUGUUGAACCUGUAUUUAAAAAAAAAUAAUAUAACUCCACAGGUACAUGGCAACAACCAGCUUGGACAGACGUCUUAAAAUCUUUGAUCUUCGUACCUUCAGGGAGCUCAGCAGAUAUCAGUACCAGUUUCGUCAGUGUCCAGGCCUGCUGGACUUUAGUCAGAAAGGUCUGCUGGCACUUAAUAGGGACAAUGUUGUAGAGGUCAGUCAUCAUUUUUUCACUGAUUUCCACACAUAUUAUGCUUUGCAUUUUAACUCAAUCUCAAGUUAGUAAAGGUCAUUGACAUGACAUGAGUUUAUUAAACUAAUUUUCUAUUAGUGUCAGUUGUUACGUUUAUUGAAUAGUUUUAAAAAAAAUUAGACUCAUAGGUCUUCAUUGGUUUUAUCCUUUAAAAAAAUAUAUUUGACAACUUGCUAAAAACAUGAUGAUAAAUAAGUAGAUUUUUUAUUAAAGUAUAUAUAUGAUCCGUCAAAAUUUAUGUUGUAGAAAUCUACACCUUCACCAGAGCAGAGUUCAUUACGUACUACAAUUAACCAACUUGGUUCAUCUUAUUUUAUCUGUUAAAAAUGGAACUAUGUUUAUUUCAGUUCUAAAUGGAACCAUGAAAUAGUAACAUAAUCACUGUCCUUAUGUACUUUACUCUUAAUAUUUUCAACAUAACUUCUUUAUGUUAAAAAAAUUGCUAUUUCAAACAUCAGGUAUACAAAGAUAUCACAGCCACAAGUCACAAGCCAAAGAAACCUUACUUGUUCCACCCUUGUGAUAAGCUCGUUACAGAUUUCAUGUUUUGUCCAUUUGAGGACGUGUUAGGGAUAGGUCAUGGCUUGGGCUUUUCAAGUAUUGUUAUUCCAGGUGGGUUUAUGAGUUACCACAGAUGUUGGAGGCAUUAAUGUGUAUGUCUGCCUGUUUGUAUUUUUGGGAUUACAACACUGUGAAUUAUCUACGAUCAUUUGGUUGCAAAAAAAAUUAAUAAUAAUUUUGGUGUAAAGUUUCAAUCAACGGUGUAUAAAUUUCAAACCUUUCAUGUUAAAACUGGGUGUUUAUAUUUCACUACAUUUGUGGAAAGUGAAAUUAAAUUUAGUUAAAAUGUGCCAUUGAGAUUGCAGAGAAAUUAAUGUUGCUAUUAAAACCAAAAUCUUCCUCAGGUGCUGGAGAGCCCAACUAUGAUGCUUAUGAGGCAAAUCCUUUCCAAUCUAAGUCACAGAGAAAACAGACAGAAGUUCGCAUGCUGCUUGAUAAGGUAACUAAAGCAUUUUACAGACUAUUCACGGUCACCAACAGCAAUAUUAUAAUGUACUGUGCGAAUUAGUUAUGUGCAAUGGUCAUAAUGAUAAUUAUUGUUUACAUACAUGCAUUGGCGAAGAUAAUAUUUAUUUAAUGUUUAGUUUUUAAAUUCAUGAGAGAAAUUAAAAGUGAAGAAGAAGUGUAGUCAUCAUGAAAAUCAUUUUAUUUAUUGCUAUUUUCAGGUUCAACCUGAAAUGAUCACACUUCAAACCAGCAUAAUUGAUGUAGAUGUGGAAACUGCCAAGGCGCGAGAGGAGGAAAGAUUAAAAAAGAAAGUAAGUGUAAGAUCUGGCCCAUGGCUGUGAGAAUAUGCUGCUUCAUUAUUUAAUGAUUAAUUAUAAUCAUUUAUGAACCCAUAAAAACUAUGUUUAAAUUUAAGAACCCAUUGAAUCAAAAUUACUAUGUAUUUAUUUUUCCAAUAGACAUAUUGAUAUGACUUUAUCUUUUUUAGAUUCUGUGAAAUAAAUGGAUACCGGUAUUAAUGUAUUAGUUUAUGUUUGUGUUAUCCAUAAAAAACGAAGAAUACAGUGUUAAUGCGGUAUAAAUAUAACAUUCUACCUAAACAAUAUCAAUGAUGAGCCAUUUCCCAAACUACCAUGAACCUCAAUGAAAACAAUUUUGUUUCUCCAGUAUUUGAAGCCAAAGAAGAUCGACUUCACACCCAGAAAUAAAAUGAAAGGAGGAAGCAGUGGAGCAAAGAUAGUCCAGCGUAAGAAAGGUUUCCAAGAGCAGCAAACGAGGACCGCAAUUAGAAACAUUGUGAGGAACAAACAGAUUGACGGCAAAAUGGAUAGCAGGAACAAGAACAGAAAAGGCCUUCAAGGAUCAGCUUUGGAUCGAUUGAAAAAGAAAAAUGUGUAAAUGUUUUAAAGUUGUUAUUUCUGUAAAAAGUUAAGACUGUGUUGCUUUCUUUUUUUUUUCCCCAUCUCUCUGGCUUUGUUCUCUAGAGUAAAUGUCACAAUCUUACAUUUACAAGAAGAAUAUUUUUUUACUUUUUCUAUACACUUUAUUUUAUCACAGUUUAAAGACAAAUUUACAAACACAAAGUAACUUUCAUCAGGAAAUAAAACACAUGAUAAUUUAAACUACAGACAUAUCAUGUAAAUAACUUUUCUAAAGUACAUACAAUAGUGGACAUCAAGUUUGUAAUGAGUGGAAAUCUUUAAGUGCUAUACUAAUAUAUACAAAGCUUUGUUAUAUUUACUUUCUCAAAUUUUUUUAUAAACAAUGCUCAGCAUGACAUACAGUUUAAAAAUUUUUUGUCAAGGCAUCACUUAAUAUACAGAAAGGAAUAAUUUAUUGUUCAUGAAAUUUACAUCCUCUCACACUAUCCUCCA